AUGGCGAAGCCUCUCGUGCAGGCGACACUCCCUGGAAACCAAAAUGGAACACCACAAACAGACACACAAUGUCCCGGUUCAACGCUCUCGUCUACCAGCUCAGUCGCCCCACCGCGGGAUGUUGUUCUUGGAGAAUACAUCUUCGACCAAGCCAAGCAGGAAUAUAGAAUCAAACCAAAGCAGCUCUAUCGCAACAACCUCCUGGCAGCGGUAGGUCUCUUCGAGCUGACCAACGCUCUGGACUUCCCCGCCAACGUCUGGAAUGAAGUGCCACCGAAACUCUUCGCGCAAGUCCUGAUGGGCAUCGGAGGGUCGAUCUGCUUCUUGUGGUCGUUCUUUGGGGUAUGGGACCUCAUCCGCAGCCGCCGAAACAUCAAACUCCUUUGGCAGGAGAGGCGCGACUUGCAGUGUCGCUUGGCAGAGGAUGGUGCUGAAAAAGAUGCAAAGCAUGCUUCUCAAGUCCUCCUUCAAGCCUGGUUGGAUAUCAACUACCGUGAGCUGGGAUGGGAGUACGUUGAUCGUGCGAUCAUGGACGGCAUCAUGGUGAUCGCUUCUAUCUUGGUCGGGAUUGGGACCAUGCUAGCCAUAAGAGGUGAUAUCCCAGUCGUCUUCGACGCCAGCAACCUCAUGUCUGGAUACAUCGGCAAUUCCUUCGUCGCACUGUAUGCUGUCAUCAAUACCGCAUGGUCAGUUUACAUGUGGCGACAUGCUUCUGGCCAACUCGCCGCUAUCCGCAAUGCUCGAUCUGGAGUCGACAGUGACACUCGACGACGAAUGACUGCCCACGCUCGCCAGCACCAACUCUAUGCAGCUGUCAACGCGGCUACAGUACUCGUGUCCGGUGCAGGCUCGCUUGUGAGCGCCACUCUAUGGUAUGGAUAUGUCAUCAUCGUGCCUUGUGUCUUCGGGUCAGUUUUCGCCAAUCUCUUCUGGCGAUUUCGCUUAGGAUACAAUCGGAAGUCAUAUGGAGAGUGGAUUGGCCGAUGCGUGGUCUUUGAUUUGUGCUCACAUCUUACAUUAUUGCAUAACGUGCGGCUGUCCGUCAAAGUAGCGAGUCUGCCAGAUAUAUGGACGAAGCGCCAAAACACGGACGACUACUCUGACUUUGUACGGACUCUUGAGCAGUUUGGACUAGCAGACAUAUUCGGUGGUCAUCUCAUGAACAUUCAAGCUCGAAGUGAUGAGAAGUCGGCGAUCUCAAGUGGCACUGCGCGCACGCUGACUGGGAUAGAUGUACGUUCCUGCGAUACAGCUUCGGUACAGUCUGCGCUUGCAAAGACUUUCGCCGAAACAAAUGCGCACACCCUAAGAGAUCAAGAGCGCUUCUUGCUUGAGCUGUAUGGCUGCUAUCUCGUAGGAAUGCAAAAGGAGCUCAGUCGGGUGGUAGAGCCAAAGCAGAGCCGGGAAAGAGGCGAAACCACAGUCUAG